AUGAACAUGCAUAUGCAUACCACACCUUUGCGUCGGGAUGACAUGGAAUCCCUCGCAUACAGUAUCGCUGACCUUGUCCGCAAGGGCUUACCUUGGGACAGGCUCGAGUCCGAGGACGUCUUUGCAGCUAAGCAGUCGUGGUCUGGCCCCAACAUCUGCGCUGGGUACCCCGCCGUCUUUGGCGCUUUCAUUGAUCACACCCGUUCUCUGGAUUUUUAG